AAAUUCAGGACACACAUUUCGAAUUUUUGUUUUGGUCUGCCCGAUUUCUUUAGGCUGAAGAAAAGCAAUGGACGUGCAUAAUAUGAAGUACAAUGAAAUGCAAAAACUUGCUAAACAAGUUGGCAUUAAGGCUAACAUGAAGUUUGCAAGAUUAAAAACAGCUCUGAUAGAGUAUUACCAACAAGAAAACAAAGAAAACAGCCCAGCAACACCAAUUUCUAAAGGAGAACAGAUCGUGGAAAAAACAGAAGAAGAAAUAGCAAUCACUACUUCUCCAAAGAACGAAGAGAAAAUAGAACUAUUAGAAGAAAAGCCUGCCAUUAAAGGAAAAAGGAAAGCAAAGUCAAAAAGAACUUUAAAGAAAAAAGAACAGGAAAGCAAGAAAGACAAAAAGAUAGUUAAAGAUGAAACAUCAACCUCAAAAUCCAAGAGUUCAGUUCAACCAGAAAUCAGAACACCAGCAACUACCAAAUCAGGAAAAAUAGGAACAUCAAGUCCAUUUACUUCCAAAGUUAUAAGUGCCAAGACCACUCCUGCAAAAAUUCAACAGAAAUUUGGAACAAAUCGCCUACAAACAUCAAUAAAUAAUAGAAAAUUUACCCCACAUGCUGUGAGAGCUAAAAGUUUUAUUGGUACACCCCAGAGUGCCACUGCAAAAUCUGCACAAAAGAGAAAGAUAUCAAAGACACAACAGGUGGAAGAAAGACCAGCUAAAAGAACAAGGACAUCUUUUGAGAAAUCUGCAAUUUCUAAUGAGCCCUCACCAAGACUAUCAUCUAGAAGGUCAACCUUCAGUGUUGAAAAGACAAAAAAAGAAAUAAAUAGUGGAUCAGGAAGUCCAAGCAUCCAGGAUUUGGUCAGUUCAAUGGAUACAGAAAAAAAUGAUGAGGAGAUGAAGAAAAAUUUGAUGCAAGCUUUGGACAAGAAAAUACAGGGAAAAACAGAAACAGUUGGUUCAAAAGGAAAAAUCACAAACAGUACACAAAUUCCAAGGUUUGCAGCCUUUUUAGAGAAGAAGAAACAAGAACAGUGUAAACCAAUAACUCCAGGGAACAAAGACUGGACAAAGAUUCAUCAAAAAGAAUUUGAAAAGUUUGACUCCAUAGAUGUUUAUCUUAACAAAAAAAGAAAGCAUCGAGAAGAGACCAAUAUGUCUGUAAAGAAAGCCAGAAUGUUGGUAGAACAAACAAAAGAAGCUAUUAAAAGACUAAAGAACCAUAAAACUCCUGCAAAAGAAAACAAGACAAAACCAAAGACUUCUAAGACUGCAUUACUACUGAAGUCUCCAGGUUUCAACUCCACAAAAGUUUUUAAACCUACAGUAUUAUCUACAAAGCAAAUGAAUCUAGAGUUUUCAAAAACAAGAAAAUCUCCAAGGACAAGUGUUACUGGGUUCAAGCCAACAGUAAUAUCAACAGACAAGAUGAAUUUGAACUUUAACAGCAUGACAACCCCAAGAAAUGGGGAUACCAAGACACCAAAGACUGACCCUAGGAAAUCAACUGGAUCCAUGCUUCAAAGAAAAUCCUUUGCAACACCAUUCAAGUUUAAUGCCACAUUAAACUGCACAGUAGAUGGUAACAGAUCAGUUAAGAGGCCAUCCUUUGACCUUAAAGCUAGUCUUUCUAGACCAAUGACAUGGAAAAGUCAUAAAGGAAAACUGAAAUCUGUAGCUGAAACCUAUUCAAGCAACAGUGCUAAAUCAGUCAAGGUGCAGGCAAGAGAAGAAAGGCGGACCUCUGCUAUGAAUAAAAGGACAGACCAGAAGUAUAAUGCACAUAUGGCAAAUAGAAGUGUUGUUCACUAAACAGAAAAAUAUCUUCUCAAUUCUCAGUGUUUUUAGUAUGGAGUAAUGAUUUUAAAAAUUAAAAGCAGAAAUUACCUGGCACACAAUUUUUGCUGAUUUUAUGUUGAUGUUUUUGUUUUAUUCUAUAGAAAUUUUUACACUGUAAAUAAUUCUUAAUGUUUAUAUAUACAAUGGCAGCAUGGAAUAGAUAAUAAACCUCUAUUUAGAAUUAACUAUUCUAAAGUAUUUUUCACGUUACUAUUGUGAAACAGAGUUGAUUUAAUAUUUAAAUAAUAACUGUUUUGACAUCCCAGAUUUACUUGUUACAAAUGCCAUUACAAAUUUUCAAUUUACCAUUUAUUUGAAUCCUUUUUUCAUUAAAAAAAACACAUACCAUCUCAGAAAAAUUGGUUAACCAGAGAAAACCAAUCUUUUUGUGACAGAAAUUUUGUAUCUACAUCAUUCUAUCUCUUAGCAGAAAGCAGAGAUAACUCAUCUUUUUGUUUUAGAAAGUUUGUAUUUACAUCAUUCUAUCUCUACACAGAAGUCAGAGAUAAGUCACCUGUUUGUAUCAGAUAGUUUGUAUUUACAUCAUUCUAUCUCUACACAGCAGUCAGAGAUAUGUCACCUGUUUGUAUCAGAUAGUUUGUGUAUUUACAUCAUUCUAUCUCUACACAGCAGUCAGAGUUGUGUCACCUGUUUGUAUCAGAUAGUUUGUAUUUACAUCAUUCUAUCUCUACACAGCAGUCAGAGUUAUGUCACCUGUUUGUAUCAGAUAGUUUGUAUUUACAUCAUUCUAUCUCUACGUAGCAGUCAGAGAUAUGUCACCUGUUUGUAUCAGAAAGUUUGUAUUUACAUCAUUCUAUCUCUACACAGAAGUCAGAGAUAUGUCACCUGUUUGUAUCAGAUAGUUUGUGUAUUUACAUCAUUCUAUCUCUACACAGCAGUCAGAGAUAUGUCACCUGUUUGUAUCAGAUAGUUUGUGUAUUUACAUCAUUCUAUCUCUACACAGAAGUCAGAGAUAUGUCACCUGUUUGUAUCAGAUAGUUUGUGUAUUUACAUCAUUCUAUAUUUCUAUUUCUUGUUUUACCUUCUUCUUACCUGCUGUUAUCUUUCAUGAAAAAAUAAAUAUUUUAUUCAUUGUACAAAUUAGUUCCUAUUGUAAAUAGUCUUAUCUUAUACAUGUAUUAUAAUUCGUUGUACAGAUACCUUUAUGUCUCAUUUAAACACCAUUCAUUAUUUUAGGUCUCAUUUUAUUUAUAUAGUUAUUUUAUUCAUCAGUAUGAUCUGCAGAAAAGUUAAUUCAUGAUACAUAUUUUAAAAUUCCAAAAUGGAGAAACAAUUAUGCAGAAUUACUUGCAUUUAAGCAUACAUUUCAGAACAAAGUUCUGUUUUUGUCUCACCUUGACGUAGUCAAAAAGCGAGACAUAGGUAUGCUGUUUCAGGCGGCGGCAUCAACAAUGUGAUUAGGUCAGUUCAAGUAGAACCAUUAGUGGUAGGCCAAUGUUAAUUGGUAUUCAGUUGUAUAAGCAUUAGCACAUCUCAUUUCCAUGGAGAAUAUUUGACCCCGCCCCUCAGUCAUGGUCUAUUGACUUUGAAACUUUCGCUUAGUUUACAUGUAUUAGUUUGUGAUUAGAUCAGUUUAAGAUGAACUGCUAAUGGUAAGUCAACGAUAUUUGGUAUGCAAAUUUAUUGGCAUUUGCAAGUAUCGUUUCCAUGGAGAUUAUAUAGCCCACCCCUCAUCAUGGUUCAUUGACUUUGAAACUUUUACAUAGUUUACAAGUUAGUGUUUGUCUUUAGGUUUGUUUAAAGGGAACGACUUAUAAUAAGUCAAUGGUAUUUAGUAUGCAGUUGUAUUAGCAUUGGCAUAUCUUAUUUUUAUGGAGAUUGUUUAGCCAUGUACCUUCAGUCAUGGUUCAUCGACUUUGAAUAUUUGCAUAACUUAUGUGUUAAAGCAUUGCUAUUUUAAUUUCAACAUUUGCGUUAUCAAAAUUACAAAAAGGCGAGACAUAUCUCUGUGAUAACAGUUUAUUUAUGAUUUAAGGUUUAACCCUUGUCCGUAUGUAUGCCCCCGAAUUGUUUUCAAUUCUCUAACUUUAGUUUGCCUUAAACAAAUGUUAUGAAACUUAUACACAAUACUUAUUUAAUACCACCAAAAACAGAUCAAAUUUGAAUUUGGGUGGCAUCAAUUUCAUCAUUCUCGAGUUAUGUCCCUUUAUAAAUGGAAAAAUUGCAGAAUUUAUUGUUUCCGCGUUUAAUAAGUUUCAAAGAAAUUAGUACAUUGACUCUUACAUAUUUACAAGCGGGGCAUCUGUGUCCCAUGGACAUAUUCUUCUUUUAUUUUACAAACCAUUCCUUCCUUGGGGUGGGGGAUUAAAAGUCAAAAUUUGUGGAAAUGUGUCCAGAAAAAGAUAUACACAAGUUUAAAAAUGUGCCUAUUUAUAUGCAUAAAUUAUUGUAAAGUUUUUGCUCUAAUGUUGCAUUGUGCAUUGUUGGUAUUUUUAUUGCAAAUUAGGUUUGAAGCAAAAGUGUAAGGUGGAUUUUAUUUCAUAACUUCCUUAACACUGAUAUAGCAGGCAUAUUUUGUAUAUUAUGUUGAACAGUUUUUAUACGACCGCAAAAAAAUUUUUGUGGUCGUAUAUUGGUAUGACGUUGGCGUCGUUGUCCGAAGACACAUUAGUUUUCGCACUCUAACUUUAGUUUAAGUGAAUGGAUCUCUAUGAAAUUUUACCAUAAGGUUCUAUAUCACAAAAGGAAGGUGGGGAUUGAUUUUGGGGGUUAUGGUACCAACAGUUAAGGAAUAAGGGGCCAAAAAGGGGCCAAAAAUAAGCAUUUUUGUAACUUCCAGACAUAACUUGUGUGUAAGUGUAUGGAUCUCUCUGACAUUGUACCACAAGGUUCUAUAUCACAAAGGGAAUGCUGGGAUUGAUUUUGGGGGUAAUUGCCUCUAAAUUUUAGGAACUAGGGGCCAAAAAGGGGCAAAAAACAAGCAUUUUUUCUAGUUUCAUGACAAUAACUUGUGUGUAAGUGUAUGGAUCUUUAUGAAAUUGUACUACAAGGUUCCAUAUCACAAAGGGAAAGCUGGAAUUGAGUUUGGGGGUAAUUGACCAAAAAGCUUAGGAAGAAGGGGCCAAAAAGGGGCUAAAAAUAAGCAUUUUUCUAGUUUCCAGACAAUAACUUUUGUUCAAGUGUAUGGAUCUGUCUGAAAUUGUACUGCAAGGUACCAUACCACAAAGGGUAGGCUGGGAUUGAUUUUGGGGGUAAUUCUUUCAAAAUUUUAGGAAUUAGGGGCCAUAAAAGGGCAAAAAAACAAGCAUUUUUCUAGUUUCAGGACAAUGACUUGUGUGUAAGUGUAUGGAUUUUUAUGAAAUUGUACUGCAAGGUUCCAUAUCACAAAGGGAAAGCUGGGUUUGAGUUUGGGGGUAAUUGCCCUAAACGUUUAGGAAUUUGGGGCCAAAAAGGGGUAAAAAAAACAAGCAUUUUUCUAGUUUCCAGACAAUAACUUGUGUUCAAGUGUAUGGAUCUCUCUGAAAUUGUACUGCAAGGUACCAUACCACAAAGGGAAGGCUGGGGUUGAGUUUGGGGGUGAUGAAUUAUAAGGGGGUUCAAAAAAUUUGGGGGGGGGAUUUUUUUUCCUUUUUUUUCUUCAGAAUUUUCCAUUUUAAAUUGGUUAUUUCUGAUUUAUAUAUAAAAGCAAAUAAUAAUGAUAUGGUUUGAAUAGGUAAAUUGAAAAUUUUUAAGUUCUUAGACCACUUUCAUUCUGUGUCAGAAACCUAUGCUGUGUCAAAUAUUUAAUUACAAUCCAAAUUCAGUGCUGUAUCAAGCUUGAAUGUUGUGUCCAUACUUGCCCCAACUAUUCAGGGUUCGACCUCUGCGGUCGUAUCAAGCUGCACCCCAGCGGAGCAUUUUAUUUACUAUAUAAUAUAACACAGAACUGUGCAUUUUUGCAAAUGUAUUAUUUUAUGUGUUUACAAAUGCUGUAAAUGAAACAUUCUGUAAUGAUUUGUUUAAACUUGAUGUAGUUAAACACAUUGUCAUUUAGAACAUAUUAGACUUAUUAACGAUUUAUUUAAUUAUAUCAUUAGAUAUAAUCCUUUUUUCACAAAUAACACAUAUACAUUUUUGUAUUUUUGAUAUUUUAAACCAUUUUAAAGUAUAAGUUUUCUGUCUCAAGAAUAUGAAAAUCAAAAGGUCAUACUUUUUAUUUUAAUCAAUCUUAUGUUAUAGGCUACUAAAUGAGCUCAUUUUGUUAAAUGUUAAAUAGUUAUUUUAUGUCUUAGGAAUACUUAAUUUCCAUAAAAAAUAGGGAAAUAAACAGAAAUCAAUAAUG